AUGGCAAACAAGCUCAUGCAUGUCAGUCGUCUGCCAGCUCCAUGGCUUCGUCCUCCUCCUCCUCCCUUUCUUCCUCCCCCUCCUCCUCCCUUUCUUCCUCCCCCUCCUCCUCAUCAGCUGCCAGGUCAAAGAGGAGUGCGCGCUGUGAGGGGCACAAAAUCGUGGCAGCACUCGUUGAGGGGGUGA